CGCAGACACCCUCAUGGAGGCUUGCUGUGCAGAUGGACAUCAAAUGGCCACACAGCACAGGGACUGCUCACUGCCUUAUGCCUCGGAAUCCAAGGAAUGCAGGAUGGUCCGCGAACAGUGCUGCCACAGCCAGCUGGAGGAGCUCCACUGUGCCACAGGCAUCAACCUGGCCAACGAGCAGGACAGCUGCGCCACGCAGCACAGCGACAACGCCAGCCUCGAGGCUACGUUCGUGAAGAGGUGCUGCCAUUGCUGCCUGCUGGGGAGGGCGGCCCAGGCCCAGGGCCAGAGCUGCGAGUACACCCUCAUGGUCGGCUACCAGUGUGGGCUGGUCUUCCGGGCAUGCUGUGUCAAGGGCCAGGAGACCGCAGACUUUGCCCCCGGGGACCUUGGGGACCUCCAAGAAGCAGCCAAGAUUUCGGAGAUUGAGGAGGAGCAGGAGGACCCGUACCUGAACGACCGCUGCAGAGGUGAGGCCCUGCUCCCUCCAGCGGGCCGUGAAUCAUGCUCUUUUUUUUUAAUGUGACUUCUCGAUUGGAAUGUUUCGGGUUGUAGUCUGAGUAAUGAGCAUUAGGAAAAAAAACUUUGUGAUUUUUGUGAAUGUUGUAAGUUGCCUCUGGCAGGACUCUUGCUAACAAUUUCCUUUUUUUAUGAUGUACCAGAUAUUGACGAGUGUGAGAGUGGUAUUCAUAACUGCCUCCCCGAUUUUAUCUGUCAGAAUACUCUGGGAUCCUUCCGCUGCAGACCCAAGCUACAAUGCAAGAGUGGCUUUAUACAAGAUGCUCUAGGCAACUGUAUUGAUAUCAAUGAAUGUUUAAGUAUCAGUGCCCCAUGCCCUGUUGGGCAGACAUGCAUCAACACGGAGGGCUCCUACACAUGUCAGAAGAACGUGCCCAAUUGUGGCCGUGGCUACCAUCUCAACGAGGAGGGAACCCGCUGUAUUGAUGUGGAUGAGUGCGCGGCGCCCUCUGAGCCCUGUGGGCCGGGGCACCUGUGUGUCAACUCGCCUGGAAGUUUCCGCUGUGAGUGCAAAGCCGGAUACUAUUUCGACGGCAUCAGCAGGACGUGCGUGGACAUCAACGAGUGUCGGCGCUAUCCCGGGCGCCUGUGCGGCCACAAGUGCGAGAACACGCCGGGCUCCUACUACUGCAGCUGCUCCGUGGGCUUCCGGCUCUCUGCCGACGGCCGCUCGUGUGAAGACGUGAACGAGUGUAACAGCAGUCCCUGCAGCCAGGAAUGCGCCAACGUGUACGGCUCCUACCAGUGUUACUGUCGGCGAGGCCACCAGCUCAGCGAUGUGGACGGGGUCACCUGCGAAGACAUUGACGAGUGCGCCCUGCCCACCGGGGGCCACAUCUGCUCCUAUCGCUGCAUCAACAUCCCUGGAAGCUUCCAGUGCACCUGCCCUCCGUCCGGAUACAGGCUGGCCCCCAACGGCCGCAACUGCCAAGACAUCGAUGAGUGUGUGACCGGCAUCCACAACUGCUCCAUCAACGAGACCUGCUUCAACAUCCAGGGUGGCUUCCGCUGCCUGGCCUUCGAGUGCCCCAAGAACUACCGUCGCUCCGCAGACACGCUCCGCCAAGAGAAGACAGACACCGUCCGCUGCAUCAAGUCCUGCCGUCCCAACGACGUCACCUGCGUGCUGGAUCCUGUGCACACCAUCUCCCAUACUGUUGUCUCGCUGCCCACCUUCCGAGAGUUCACCCGCCCUGAAGAGAUCAUCUUUCUCCGGGCCAUCAUGCCCAUGUAUCCCGCCAACCACGCCGACAUCAUCUUCGACAUCACGGAAGGGAACCUGCGAGACUCCUUCGAUAUCAUCAAGCGCUACAUGGACGGCAUGACUGUGGGUGUCGUGCGCCAAGUACGGCCCAUCGUGGGCCCGUUUCACGCCGUCCUGAAGCUGGAGAUGAACUACGUGGUCGGGGGGGUGGUGUCCCACCGAAACGUCGUCAACGUGCACAUCUUCGUCUCCGAGUACUGGUUCUGAGGGCCCGUCCUGGCGCCGCCACGCCUCCGGGCCAAGUCCUUGCUCCGGCCACCGUGCCCGCCCUGCCGAGCUCUCUUAAGUUUUUGUUUGUAAUGUCAGGCCCGCACGUAUUAAGCUGCGGCCAGAUGAACAAGUUCAUCUCCUGUGUUUUGGUAUUUAAAUAGCGAGCCCAAUUACUCAACCGUUUGUUGGAAACCUUGCUUGUUCGUAUUAUUUUCUUCAUGCAGAGGUCAGCGCUUGCUCCUUUCUCUGCCUGCGGGCUGGGCCUUGCGAAGGACCCAGGAAGGAAGGGCGUUUUUCGGGGGGCAGCCAGUCCAGAUGCCGAGAGAAAACCAGUUCUUGCACUGACCAUACGAAAUUUGACGUUUGGUACUUUUUUUU